AGACAUUUGUGCUUUUUGAGUGUUUCUUUGAAGAGUGAACGAUCACGUGAUAGUUACUUUCCAAAUAUGGAGCAGAACAAUCGCACAGCUACGGAGUGGCGAUGGAUCGAGAGCGAAACUUGAUGUUCUAGAAGUAAUUCUUCAUUCUAGGCGUUUUUGUAGCAUCACUAAAGCCUCGUUUCUACGAGACAAUGUGGAUGGCAAACCAUGAUGUCCAGGAAAUGGCACAGUGUGCUUUUUGCAACAAUGGUAUACCAGAAGGCAUGUCCAGUUACUUCCGGUGCGCUCAUUGUAGCACACAAUAUUGCUCAAAAGAGCACAAAAAAGCAGACUUCAGGUUCCAUAAAGCACGCUGCCAGGGCUAUGCUAACUUCACACAACAAAACGACCCCGUUAGGUUAAGUGCACCAAUAAGUACUCAGCAAUAUGUACCACGGAACGAUGAUUUUUCAGGGUUUUUGGCGUGUCAGCAAAAUGCAAGUCAGUUUUCAUUGAAAUCUCUACCGGACCAAAAGCAAAGCGUCUCAGCGAUGUCACCUUUGAAGGUACAGACUACCUCCAAUUUAACACAAGUAGAGGCCAACUCACUUGGUAGUCAAUUGAAUCCGAAUUAUCAGUAUCAUCAACCCAACCCGAUUCAAACAAAUUCAUCUGUGGACAAUUACAAUAACAUUUCACCGAUUUCCGGUCAGUCAUCACCAACUGACCCUUCGGCAAAGCUCGGUGCAAGUUCGGUAAGAUUUCAGGUGAAUCCAAUAGAACAAGACUUCAAUAAUUGUCAGUAUUACCAACAGCCGUUAAACCAAUCAAAUCCAUAUUUACCACAGUCUAGUGAACCAACACAGACUGUCACCAUACAAAAUGCACCUAUUCAAAUCCAGGACACAAACGUUAGUAACGAAGACGAUUCAAUUCCCUUGGAUGACGCGCUGUUAUCGUUUCUUCAAGAAGCAGAACAAUACGACAGUCCUGCUGAAGAAACACAGAAUUCCAAUCAAGGAAAGCUGCCUCGAAAUCUUUCAGGUAUCAUCAGAGACUUGACCAAACAGACAGAGGAAAAUCUUUUCUACGAUGAACUCCUUUCCUCGGUCGAUUCUUCAGACUCUGAGGGUGUAAAUUCGCGUAAACAAAGUGGCAGCGAACUGCCGUCUACAUCUGUUAUGAUGCCAGAGUUUUCUCCUAUAAUGUGUGAACAAUUUGAGUUUCAAAAGCAGAAUUCUAAAGACAUUAUUGAAGGUAAAACAACAGUUGAAGAGGAAGGGGUAUUCAAGAGAUUCAACAUUAAUGUCAUAGCUGACUUUGUAGUGAAAAGCUUAAACGGAUACAACCAUUGUAUAAUCGACUUUUUACACGGGUUAUCGCUGGCAAAUGCGAUUCUUGAAGACGUUAAGAUGUUCCAUACUGAGGAAGGGUUCUCAGAAGGACGGUUGUCUAAUUUAGAGGACAAAAAAGGUACGCCAAACAGGGCUGUAAGGGAGGACUUGGUGGCUUGGACAGAUGGUAAAGGACGCAAAGCUAUUCAGAAGCAUAUGAGUCGUAUGGAUUUCUUGUUAAAACUUUGCAACAAAUACAUCACAGAUGUCGAAAUAUCAUCGAGAACUCAGGCGAUGGUAGCUUGUUAUCCCGGUAAGGCUACUGGUUAUAAACAGCACGUCGACAACCCAAAUAAAGACGGACGUUGCAUUACAACCUUGUAUUAUCUCAAUCCAACUUGGAACGUAGAGACCGAUGGAGGAAUUCUGAGACUCUUUCCUGGUGGAAUUCGACGUAAAACUGUCAACGUAGAACCGCUAUUUGAUAGGCUGCUGUUUUUCUGGUCGGAUAGGCGAACCCCACACGAAGUUACACCAGCCUUCAAGCCGAGGUAUGCAAUAACGCUGUGGUACUUCAACGACGAAGAAAGAAAGAAAUACAUCAAACGGUAUAGAGAAGGAAAGGCCGCAAAAACGUAGAAGAGCUAUCCAAGACCUUAAAAUGGCCGCGAAUCCAGCCAAAAAAACAACGUUAUAUUCAAUUGGGAAUAUAGACUUAACAAACGUCUUAGGAAUCUACACAUAGUUUGUUCUAAGUGUCUGUUCUUUUAAGUCAAUGAAAAAAAAACUACAUCUGCAAAUAAUUUAUAGUAGCUUUGACACUUUGAAACAUCACAAUUAAAUUACACCAUUUUUCAUAUUUGUACAUACAAAAAAUAAACUUCUUAACUAUUUUAUUCACAUUAUUUUGUAUUUAAAAACACUGAUUGUAUCAUUUGGACGCCAUUGAGUACUGUAAAAAAAAUCAAUAUAUACGAUGACAAAUAAAGAAAUUUAACUAGCAAUACAAAAAUUCCAAGCAAUGACCAUGACCUGAUCAAUUAGGCGUACCAGCGCGAUAAAUUUGUAUUUUUCCUACUUUACUUCUUAGCUUAUAGUAAACAAAACAGAAAGGUCUCUAAUAACAGACUUAUUUGUAUCCAUACUUCAGCGACAACUAGUUCCAGCGGAGGAAU